AUGGCACAAAGCUCAGAACAAAGACCAUUAAAUGGUAGCAGCAGUAAUGGCAACAAUGACGGCAUGACUUCGUCUCAUCCGCAUGUAACAUACGUUUCGAUACCUAUCCAUCGAAAUUCGGAUUAUGGGGAAGAAAUUGACCAGCCGGGUAGUUUUGGCACGUUUCAUACAAGAAGACAAUCCAUAUUGGAUCAACCCAUUGGCUCGUUUCGAGGUGUUAACUCGUUGAGCAGGUUCGCCACAUCUCUUCGCAGGGCCAAUUCGUUCAGGCAUAUUGAUGUUCGACCAGAUGUGGAAAGGAAUUACUUUGAGGAUUCAAAUGAUGAACUGUAUGAUCCCGAAACAAUGGCACCGUCGCAUGAUGGUAGGAGAUUGUCAGUUGCUAUCAGCAAAGCAGGAAAUAUAUCUGUGCGCCCAUCAAUUACGAAUUUUGAUAACAGUAUUAGGCAGUCUGGUACAAGAGAGACAGAAGAUUAUGGAUCGACAGGUUUUUUACAUCAACAUGAUAACAGCUCUUUAUAUCGUCCUGCAUUUUCGAUUUCAGAUUCGAUCGGGGGAAUAGGAAGUAACGUAGGAGGCGGUCAAGUAGGCGAUGUCGAGUCUAUAAUGGUUAAAAGAGUGAACAGAGGAGACGGUGAGGUUGUCACUAUCCUUGCAGGUCAAUCUACGGGUCCUCAGACAAUUUUCAAUUCCAUUAAUGUCUUAAUCGGAAUUGGUUUGUUCGCGUUACCGCUGGGUUUGAAACAUGCCGGAUGGAUACCGGGAACUUUUUUACUAGUUCUCCUAGCUUUAGGGACUUUUUGUAGCGCUGAAUUACUUUCAAGAUGCUUAGAUACUGAUCCCACGAUGAUAUCAUAUGCAGAUCUGGGUUACGCAGCGUUUGGAAGUAAAGGUAGAGCAUUAAUAUCGUGCCUAUUUACGUUAGACUUGUUGGGUUGUGGUGUUUCAUUGAUUAUACUGUUUGGCGAUUCAUUGAACGCUUUAUUUCCGAAAUACUCUUCGAAUUUUUACAAAAUAAUCGGCUUUUUUGCAGUCACUCCUCCUGUAUUCAUCCCGCUGAGCAUACUGUCUAACAUUUCUUUUUUAGGUAUUAUGUCAACUGUUGGAACUGUAUUACUGGUGACUUUCUGUGGCAUUUGGAAGAAAAGUGCUCCCGGCUCAUUGAUUGAACCCAUGCCAACUCAUCUUUGGCCCUCAAAUCUAAAAGAUUUCUGUCUCUCGAUCGGUCUAUUAAGUGCUUGCUGGGGUGGCCAUGCAGUUUUUCCAAAUUUGAAAAGUGAUAUGAGACAUCCAGAAAAAUUCAAAGACUGCUUGAAGCAGACCUACAAGAUAACUACAUUUGUAGAUAUUGGUACAGCGAUAGUAGGUUUUCUAAUGUUUGGGGGCACGGUCUUUGAUGAAAUUACUCGAAACAUUCUGUUGACUGAAGGCUACCCUCAAUUCGUAUACGUUUUGCUCUCCGUAUUAAUGUCUAUCAUUCCAAUUGCCAAGACUCCCUUAAAUGCUAGACCCAUCAUCUCUGUCUUGGAUAUUAUUACGGGAGUCCAGGGCAUGCAGAAUAAACCCGAUAAGCCCUUUGCAAAAAAGUUUCUGGUUAUAUUCAACCGCAUAUUCAUCAACGCCCUUUUUGUCCUCAUUGCGAUCCUAUUUCCAAAAUUCGAUAAGCUAAUUGCUUUCCUCGGGGCUGGCCUAUGUUUUGCCAUUUGUUUGAUUCUGCCUUGCAUGUUUUACAUUAGAAUAUGCAAAGCAACCAUCAGACCCUGGGAAAAAGUAUUAUGUCAUGUCACCAUUGGCGUAAGUGCUGCUUUAGCCAUCUUGGGUGUAGGAGCUGCAAUCAUUUCGUAA